AUAGAGAACGAAGCAAAAGCAUCCGCAUAAAAACACCUAACGAGGGGUAUUCCGAACCUACUCGUACUUCUUAUCACAGGCUCACUUAUUUAAGCAUUUUGUUUUCACACUUCAACUGUGAAGGUUAUGAAGAUAUAAAAUAAUGUAAUUAAUUAUUGUGGAUUUUUUUUCGUUUUUUUUUUCAAUACGUCGCACGGAACGUUGACGUGAUUUCCUUUUCGGUGUGUUCUUUAAAAAAAUAAUUUUAAUAUCAUUGGUGAAUUGUUUUUCCUUCGAGUUUAAUAAUUUUAUGGAACACGUGGGUGAAAAGAAUCACACCAUUUGUAGGACGAGAUAGACAAAGACGUUGGCAUGAUUGACAAACUUCAUCCAUAAAGACAGCAAUGUUGACAACGAAAACACCUCAUACUCCCAGAACUGCGAAUGAAUCGAUGGAAAAUUUCAUCGUCGAUAUUACGAGUAAUUUAGACUACCGCAAAUGUCAAUAUCAAUACCUAUCUCACAAAACAAUAACCAACGGCCAAAAUGGAUAAACUCAGCAUCGACGUUUAUCAUAUAAUGUCCAGAAUGAACAUAAGCGAUAAUUUGAUCAAUGAGACGUUUAAAGAUAUUAUGGCGCGUAUGCCACCAAGCCGAGAACAAGUUCUGGAAGAAUGUCACAAAUGGACUUACGUCUUGGACAUGUUUUACCGGUACUACGUGCCAAUUUUGAGCCUUUGCGGAAUCAUAGGUAAUCUGCUAUCGUAUCUAGUAUUUUUGAACACGUAUUUGAAAAUGCGAAGCUCCAGUUACUAUUUGGCAGCUCUAUCAGCGGCUGAUUUCGGUUUCCUGUCAUCUAUCACGCUAGUAUGGAUUAAUGACAAUCUGGGCAUUCCAGUUUUCAACCAAGACGGCUGGUGUCAGUUGAUGAUCUAUAUAAGCUCGAAUUGCAGCUUCCUCAGCGUCUGGUUGAUAGUUGCAUUCACGGUGGAACGAUUUAUAGCCGUGCAAUAUCCGCUUCAUAGGCCACGCGUAUGCACCAUAUCCAGAGCGAAAUGUAUAGUUAGCAUAUUAGUGAGCGUGUCUUUGAUAACCCAUUCGUAUACUUUUUUCACCGCCGGUGUCGAAGGUGACAAUUGCGAUUUAAGAGAGACCUAUCACGAACUGAUGGGGGUCAUCAAUAUUGUCGAUACGCUAGUUACUCUCAUAAUACCGGUCGGGUUGAUCAUAAUAAUGAACGCCAUGAUAGCGAAAAAUUUAUUCCAAUUUAGUAAACAUUUCCGUCGACAUAAUGGGGCCAGUUCGAAUCGAAGCGAUGCCCAACUCUGUCCAACUGUGUUACAAACUUUUUUCUGUUCAAAGUCGACAAGUUCGAAUAGCAACCGACCCAGACGAACGAUGGCUAUCAGAAUGUCAGCAAUUGGUAACGAAGAUUCUGUGCAUUCUUCGUACAGCGAAUGUAGAGCCCAAUCAAUUUUUCAACAAUAUCCAAACGUAGUAAACACUGUCGCUGCGAACAAUAGCUGCCAAUCAGCUACAGCUCGAUGCGUCCACAUACAAGUAUCGUGCGGAAAUCUAAUGUCAACGAGAACUCAACAAAGCAUCACAAAAAUGCUACUUUUAGUUUCCACCGUAUUCGUUUCGUUGAAUUUUCCCAGCUAUAUCAUUCGGUUGUACAUCUUUUUUCGAUAUUCCAUGUGGCGAUCAGAUCCCCCUGGAUAUUUAUGGUGUGCCCAACAAUUAUUCAUGCUGUUAUACUACACAAAUUUCAGUAUAAAUUUUUUAUUAUAUAGUAUGUGCGGAAUCACGUUUCGUCGUUGUUUAUUUCAACUACUGAGAAAUUUCUUUAAGAAGAUAACUUCACAUAGGAUGUGUAUGUAGUUACCAAGUUAGUUAACAUAAAAAUUGUACAUAAUUAUACCUCGGAUAAGUACUCAAGUUGUAAGUACAUUUUUUACACGUUUGUUUGACAUCGUAUACUUUACAUGUAAUGUAUAUUUUGUAAAAAAUUGAAAAAUGAUUCAAACCGAUUCAAUUUUAAUGCACUCGAGUACCAAUUUAUUUUUUAAUUAAGUGUGUGUUAAUUCAACAAAUGUUUGUAACAACAAAAAUAUAAAUCUAAUUUUUUA